GGAGCGCCCGAAUGAAACUCCUAACCAGAUUAGAACAACCUCUAUUCCGGUCCAAAACCGACCACCAUCUACUCUGUUCUGACCCCUAUACCAAGCACCCCCUGGUGAAAACAAAACAUACAAGUCCAAAAGGAGCUGGACCAGCAGCACCGAAACACAUCUAAGUGGGAAAACAUUGUGGGAAUCAAGUUAUUAUAUGGAAAAAACAACACACAAACAGAAGAGGAAGCUGGACCAGCCGACUGCCAUAGCCAAAGGCGGCGGCCGGCCAGCCAAAAGUGAGGCCCGAGGGUGGAGGUUUUUAGAGAGAGAGAGAGAGAGAUUUUAGAGAGAGAGAGAGAGUACUUGUUUGAAUGAUUAAAUUGGUGUUCAAUACAAAUUGGUUUAUCACAAGAUUGCAAAUUGGUGUUCAAUGCGCUGGCUGAUCCAACUGAUUUGGGGAAAUUGUUAUCACAAGAUUGCAAAUUGGUGUUCAAUGCGCUCAUCCCCACAUUAUAAUCCCUCUUUAACUCUUUUUUGUCAUCCGUUCCUUCAAUGAUCCUAUAAACCAUUCAUAAAUCCAAAACUAAAGACAACAAGAAUCAUCAAUGGAGGAGACCAGUGCAAAGCACUUUGUUCUGGUUCAUGGAAUUUGCCACGGAGCAUGGUGCUGGUACAAGCUAGCCACUCUGCUCCGGGCGGCGGGCCACCGUGUCACCGCCCUCGACCUGGGUGGUUGUGGGGUGGACCCAAGAAGGCUCGAUGAGAUGGCUUCGAUCUCCGACUACUUGCAGCCCUUGAUGGAGUUUAUGGCCUCUUUGCCUGAUCGUGAUGAUGAGAAGGUGGUUUUGGUGGGGCACAGCUAUGGUGGGCUUGGCAUUUCUCUGGCUAUGGAGAGGUUCCCUGAGAAGAUCUCGGUUGGUGUUUUCAUCACAGCCUACAUGCCCAACUGUCAACAUCCUCUUGCUACUCUCAUACAAGAAUUCUUUAAGAGGAGCUCAUUACACUCUACUAUGGAUUGCCGAUUUUCAUUCGAUCAAGGCCCAGAAAAUCCACCGACAUCAGUAAUCUUUGGUCCAGAGUACAUGGCCACCAAUGUCUAUCAACAUUGCCAA